UAAAGCCGUAAUGUGAUCAAACCAAAUAUAAAUCAUGGAAUUGUUUUUCGUUGCGGCGGUAGUAACGAUUAUCUUUAUCCUUCUUUCCUAUUAUGCAUUCUCUUCUUCAAUCUUCCCCAAUUCCAAAUCCAAUUCAAGAAACCGGCAGCCGCCGGAAGCCGGCGGCGCGUGGCCCAUCACGGGCCAUCUUCACAUCAUGAGCAAGGGAUCCCCCGACAAGCCCCCGCACUUAACUUUAACAGCCAUGGCCGACACCUACGGUCCCAUCUUCAGCAUCCGGCUCGGCUCCCGGCGAGCCGUCAUCGUGAGCGGCUUGGAAUUGGUCAAAGAAAUAUACACCACGUGCGACGUGGCAGCGUCGUCCCGACCAAGAACCUUGUCGGGGGACCUCCUCUGCUACGGCUCGGCAAUGGUCGGCGCCGCCCAAUACGGCCGCUAUUGGCGCGAGCUGCGGAAGCUGAUCUCAGCCGAGCUCCUGUCCAGCCGCCGGCUCCACAUACAGCGGCACGUGCUCGUGUCCGAGACUGCGCAGUCUGUCCGGGAACUGUACGAUCUCUGGAACGAGAAGAAGAACGCGUCGGGAAGUGCUCCGGUGGAGUUGAAAGAAUGGAUUGGGAAUCUGAAUCUGAAUACAUUUUUGAGGAUGGUUGUCGGGAAGAGGUAUUUCGUCUCCUGUGGCGGCGACAGAGCCGAGGCGAGGCAUUGCCGGAAAGUUAUGAGGGAAUUCUUUCGUCUAAUUUCACUACUGACAAUCGGCGAUGUCGUGCCGUAUCUCCGGUGGCUGGACAUCGGCGGAUUCCAGAAGAAGAUGAAGGAAACGUUCCUAGAAUUGGAUGCUCUCGUCUCCAAAUGGCUGUCGGAACAUCGCGCCGACGGCAAGCAAGAGGAUUUCAUGGAUGUAAUGAUUGCAGUCGUCAAAAGUGCAAAGCUUGGAAACGAGUACGAUGAAGACACCAUAAUCAAAGCCACUUGUUCGAAUUUGAUUACGGCAGGGACUGAUACGAGCGCAGUGAUGUUAGUAUGGCUGCUGUCUCUAUUACUGAACAACCCAAAAGAGCUAAAGAAAGCCCAGCAAGAACUCGACGAGAAAGUCGGGAGAGAGCGGCGGGUGGCGCCGUCGGACCUGAGCAACCUCGUAUACCUCGAAGCCAUAGUGAAAGAGUGUCUCCGGCUGUACCCGGCGGCGCCGUUGGGUGGGCUACGGGAAUUCAAUCAGGACUGCAACCUGGGAGGCUACGAAAUAGAGAAAGGUACGAUAUUCUUCGUCAACAUAUGGAAGUUGCAUAUGGAUCCACAGAUUUGGGAGGAUCCCGACAAGUUCUUGCCGGAGAGGUUUCUUACCUCCACCGGCAAUAGGGAUUUCCAGUGGAUUCCGUUCAGCGGCGGCCGGAGAAUCUGCCCCGGAGUGAAUUUGGCGUUGGAGACGAUGAAGCUGGUGACGGCCAAUUUGGUGCAAGCGUUUGACUUAUCGACGCCUGACGAUGAAGCCGUUGACAUGACCGCAAGUCUUGGUGUGACCAUUUCCAAAGCCACUCCAUUAAAUGUUCUUGUUGCCCCUCGACUGUCUGCUUCUCUUUAUAACUAAUUUCGGACAUGUUUCCAUACUAGUGUCUUAUGUCAUCUUUUUAAAAAAUUAAAUAUUACACAUUUUAUUUUUAUUUUAAA